AUGCACCAGGCUCUAACCCGCAAGGCCGAGUGGAAGGGUCCCAAGCACCUCGAGCGCUGGGCUCCCGAGAUCAGCAAGUGGCCCAUGGACCCGUUCCGCGCGCCGGUCGCUGAAGUGAAGGACUUCCUCGACAUCUACUUCGAGCCCGCGACCCAUGCUGGAUGGCUUGCGCAGGUCAUGGACCCGUACUUCCACACGCUGGGCAUCGGGAACGCGAAGCACACCCCCGACGCUUGCCCGCCGGGCUGCAACUGCGUGCUCCGCCACCACGUGACCCGUCUCUUUGUCGGCCGUGCGACACCCGCGCAGCUCGCGGCAUGCCAGGACGCCCUCGCUGGUGCCGUCGUUGCCCGUAAGGCCAAGGCGGAGAAGGUUGCCGAGCGUAACAAGGCCAAACGCAAGGCUCAGAAGGCGCGCAAGAAGGCUGCCGCCGGUGCGACGAGCAACUCGGAGGGCGAGUCCGGCCCCGACACCGAGGUCGCUGCGUCGGCUGGCAGUACCGCCGUUGACCCCAAGGCGCAGCCUACUCCCCUCAUCGACGCCAAGACCAAGACGAAGACCAAUCACAAGGACGACGACGCCGGCGAGCCUUUCGCCGACUCUGACACGGAGCCCAAGCCCGUUACGACGACCGUCGCCCACCGCACCGCGCCCCAGCUCGCUCUUCGCCCCAACCUCCUCUGUCCCGUGUGCAGCCCCCACACUUCGCUCCUCUGCUGCUUCGAGGACUCGGCCACGUACGACCCCGUCCGCGACCGUCGUUGCCGCCGUUGUGGUCACUGA